AUGCCCCGGUGGGCGUGGGCUGUCCCGGUCUCCCGCCCGGCCGCCGAGGCCCCCAUCCAGCUUGUGGCCAAGGUGGGGCGGCCUUGGGGAACUCGGCGAGCUAAGAUCUGCGGAAAGGGUGGGGGUCAGCGCCGGCCCGCCGCAGGGAGAGGCAGGGAGGAGCGGCCGUGCAGCCGUGGGCUGGGCAGCGCGGAUCCUGGAUCCCUGACUCCGGAUCCUGUCCCCGGGAUCCCAGGUCUCAGAUUCCGGGCCCCGCCCCCGGACCCCAGACCACCCCCCAUUCCGGAUCCCGCUCCCCUAGGGGUCCGAGAGGCCGCCCUGCCCCCCCCAGAAUCCGCCCUCCUCCCAGCCCCUGAAGGCGUGUCUUUGGGGCAGGAGCCUGAGGCCCAGGCCAGUGUGGUGAGGUCAGCGCUGCGCAUUCGGGGCUACCCACGCUCGCUGCCCGCACAGCCUCCUGAGGACGGCUCCCGGGGCAGCCGGGAGCUGCUGCUGGCCCUGUCCUGGCUCCUAGCCCGGGGCCCCCUGCUUGAGCAGCUGCUGGCCCAGGCCCGGGUACAGCUGGGUGACCCUGUGCCCCAGUGCCAGUGUGAGGCCCUGACUAGCUUUGGCCCACCUGAACCCCACGUGGAAGCAGAGGGCCCUGUGGACCUCCGCCAAGUGCAGUGGAUGCUGGGAAAGCUGCGGUUCCGGUGGCGGCAUCUGGUCUCCAGUCAGCAGGAGCAGUGUGCCCUCCUGAGCAAGAUCCACCUGUACACCCGGGGAUGCCACAGUGACCCGCGCCUCUGCCACUUGUCUGUAGCUGAGACAGAGCUGCUCAGGGACCCAGAGGGCGGCCGACAGCUGCUGUGGGCGCUGGAGCGUGAGAACGCACGCCUGGAAUCAGUGCUGGAGUGGCGGCGCCUGGAGCUGGUCUACUGGCAGUGGAUGGACACAGUCCUGGGUGCCUGUCCCGAGAGCCCCGCCAAGGCCUCGCAGCCGGCAGUCCCGCCUGUCACCUCCGGGCACAGGCUUGGUGAAUUGGAGCUGGCAGCGCAGGAACUGCGUUCCCUGCAGGAGGAGCUGCAGGAGCUGGUGGCGCUCCGGAGGGCGGCCUGGCAGGCCCAGGUUGAAGGCCUAGGCCGGGGCCCGGCAUGGAGUCCGUCUCGGAGGGCUUUGCAGAAGGCUGUGGCGCAGGAGUUGGAGGCCCUGUGGGUGUCUUGGGAGCCCUCUGGGGACUCUGCCCCGCCUCAAGGACCCCACCGCCUGGUGAGGACUGAGGAUGGGGCAGCAGGGGCCCCUGGCCUGCGAGCGGCCGAGGUGAUCGGGACGCUGAGGACGCAGGUGGCCUGUCUGGAGGCCACACUGCGCCGCCGGCGGGAGCGCUGCCGGCGGGAGCUGGCCAGGCUGGCCGGAGCCCUGCCCGGGCUCAUCUGGAUCCUGCCACCCGGACGCUGAGGGCCACGCUGUGCCCUGUGCAGGGGAGCCUGGGGGCAGACUCCAGGGCUGAUGCAGAGGUCGAGCCAUGCGCUCCCGGGCUGCGGCUCUGACUCAAGGAGCAAGCCCAGGAACUUGACUCACACUGUGGUUGCAGGCAGGUUGCCCCUCCUUGGAGGACCCGGAGGGGCCUAAAAUACAUGUGGCGGCCCUGUCUGCGGCCCAGCCCUCCACGGUGCUGUCAGGUUUCUGUUUUG